AGAGACGAGAUAUAGAGGAUUAAAGAGAAGGAGGGAGAAGAAGGCGAGAGCUUGUGGCCGGGGGAUCAUGGGAAAUCUCCUGAAAGUGCUGGCUUGCGCCGAACUUGAGCAUGGCCCAAUAGUUUUCCUUGACUUUGAACAUGCCCAACCAACAGAGGCAGAGACGGCCGUAUGGAAUCAGGUUAGCGCAGUGCUGGAAGAGGCUCAUGGGAUACUAGCAGAGUUACAGUCUUACAACGGGGCGGGUCAAGAAAUAAGAGAGGCCAUUCAGAACCCAGGUGACCUACAGCUGCAGGAGAAGGCCUGGAAUGCAGUGUGCCCCCUGGUGGCCAAACUGAAGAGAUUCUACGAGUUUUCACUCCGACUGGAGAAUGCCCUGCGCAGCCUGUUGGAGGCGCUGACGAGCCCUCCAUAUGCUCCCAUGCAACACCUGGAGAGGGAGCAGGCGCUGGCUAAGCAGUUUGCCGAAAUCCUGCACUUUACACUCAGUUUUGAUGAGUUAAAGAUGACAAAUCCAGCCAUUCAGAAUGACUUCAGUUACUACAGGAGGACAAUAAGCAGGAAUCGACUGAACAACCAGCAGUUGGAGGCAGAGAAUGAGGUCAAUAAUGAGAUGGCCAAUCGAAUGUCCCUGUUCUAUGCUGAAGCCACGCCCAUGCUGAAAACUCUCAGUAACGCCACCACUAAAUUUGUGUCAGAGAACAAGACAUUGCCAAUUGAGGACACCACCGACUGCUUAAGUACCAUGGCGUGUGUGUGCCGUGUCAUGCUGGAGACCCCAGAGUACCGUUGCCGCUUCACCAACACGGACACCAUGUUAUUCUGCAUGCGUGUAAUGGUGGGGGUUAUUAUCCUCUAUGACCAUGUCCAUCCUGUGGGUGCCUUCGCCAAGACCUCCAAGAUUGAUAUGAAGGGCUGCAUCAAGGUGUUGAAAGAGCAGCCUUCAAACAGCGUGGAGGGACUGCUGAACGCACUGAGGUAUACGACACGACACCUAAACGAUGACAGCACCUCCAAACAAAUCAGGGCUCUGCUUCAGUGAAGGAGGGAGGUGC